AUGACCAUUGAUCAAAAUACAACUGUUAUAAGCUUCGAAGGUAGAAGUUAUAUCGCUGUUGUUACUACAACAUAUGAUACAACUUCUGUCUCGCAAACUGUUACAAACAAUUCCUGUAAUACAUCUACUAAUUAUCUUAUUACAUACACGACUUCACCAACGACUUAUCAGAAGCAAACGUAUACAUAUACAGCCACAUCCACUGGUAUGAACAUAUUAGAAUUCGGUUUUAAAGCUGUAAAUCAAGUAAAGACUUGGCAUCUUGAUGAUGUUAGUCUUAUAGAUAAAAAUGCAUCCAAUUCUGAAAUGCUUGUAAAUGGAGGCUUUGAAAAUGGUAGUUUAGUUGGUUGGCAAAUACUCUGUUCUAGUAUCAAUUGUGGAACAAUAGCUGGCAACAUUACUCAAUCAAAUUGUCACACAGGCUCGUAUUGUUAUGAAGGCAUGUGUCGAAAUGCCUACGAUUUUCUACGCCAAACAAUUCUAGUGACAAGUGGACAUAUUUACAUCUUAAGCUUUUGGCUAUAUACGGAUGGACAUAAUGCGCAAGCUGCCUAUGUAAAUAUAAGUUAG